AUGGAGGCGUCGGCCCUGCUCUCUCCUCCUUUCACGUGUGACAUACACCGCGAUGCCCUCGUUCUCCGUUCGCUCUCUCUAGCGCCCUCGCAGCAACUCACCUUCUCGUACGCGUCGACGUCGCCCUCCGCCUCCCCAACUGUCUGCUUCUCCGUCGCCGCCGGCCCCGCUUCUGCGACCGCCUCUUUUUCUCCUUCUUCUUCUCCCUCUUCUUCUUCUCGUUCUGCGUUGGCGGCUGCGUCUCGUGCGCCGAGGGCGAGUGUGCCGUGCUACGGGGUCUUUGGCGUCACGCAGAUCUUUGGCUGUGCGUACGUGAUUUGCAUCGAGUCCUGCCGACUACUGGGCUUCCUGGGGCAGGCGCCGCUGCUGCAGAUCUCUUCGUUUCACCUCGUUCAGGUGCCGCCCGCGGGCGCCGCGUCCUCCGCGCUCUCCCGACGCACGCUCCGCCGGCGCCGCUUUCUCCAGACCAGCCGAAACUUCCUCGUCGGCGCCACUGUGACCGUGACCUCGCAGGCGAGCUCCGCGGCCGCGCGCAUCGUCGCCAGCGAGGCGCAGCGCGAAGCAGACGCCACCACAGACGGCUCACUCCUCCUCUCCUCCACGCCUUCGCUCCCCGGCGCAGAGGGACGCGACAUCCAAACGUGCGCAGACGCCGUUCGCACAGACGUCCUCGGCAAGAGACUCGAGCCGCCCGAGGCGCCCAUCCGCCCUGCUCACACCUCCGCUUGCGCUGGGGACGCUGCAGGCGCGGCGGUCGCCAGCGAUGACCCGCGGGCGCCGCCCCCGCCGGGUGUACGUACACCGUUGCAGGCGGUCGCGGAGCAGUGGCUGACGCUGCUUUGCGACGGGCUCUGCGAGGGCGCCUUCUACUUCUCGCCGGCGCUCGAUCUGACCAAGAAUCUCCAGACGCAGCUCGGCGGCGGCGCCUUCGCGGCAGCGCACGCGCUGCGACGCGGCGACAGCGAGAAGAAGCAAGAGGGACACUCGACUUCCGCCCCGAUUCCGUCGCCGACCCGGAGCGCCGCAAAGGACGACGGCAGGGAGGGCGACGGGAGCGCCUGGACUGCGCGCUUCAGCGUUAACCGACACUUUUUGGAGCCCAUCACCACGCAGACGCCGGAGGCCUUCCGCUUCUGCGCGCAAGUCAUUCAAGGCUACGUGGGCAUGGGCCUGCUCUCGUACUCGGUGGAGUCUUGCUCGCAGCUGUGCAUAAUCUCCCGCCGCGACAGCAGCCGCGCAGGCGUGCGCUUCCACAGCCGAGGCAUCAACGCCGCAGGGAACGCGUCGAACCUGGUUGAGACUGAGCAGCUGCUCCUCGUAUACACCUUCCGAGAGGCCGCGCCGCCGCCUCUCCUUCUCGGCGCUGGCGCGGCGCUGUCUUCCACAGCCCCUUUCUUCCCGCAGCCACACAAUUCGCGGCAGAGCGCCGCGGCGCUGCGCGGGCGCGGGUACGCGCGUUUGGAUGUCUUCGCCUUCCUGCAGAUUCGAGGCUCGAUUCCCCUCGUCUGGAAGCAAACGCCGACGCUCAAAUGGGCGCCUGCGCCCAGUGUCAUUGGAUCUCCUGAGGAGAACUCCGCCGCUGCUUCGCGGCACUUUAGCGGCAUUCUCAAGAACUACGGCCCGAUCACGGUCGUCAGCCUCGUGAACAAGAAGGGGAGAGAGAAGGCGCUGGGAGACCUGUUUGAGCAGACGGUCAUCGAGCAAAAAAGCAAAGAUCUCUCCUUCGUGUGGUUCGACUUCCACCAAGAAUGCUCCAGAAUGCAGUGGAACAACCUGUCGCGGCUCCUCGCGCAGGUACACAAGCAGCUGAACCACCAGCACUACUUCCACGCUGUAUGUACGCUGCCUGCCGAGGGCGACGCCGAGAGCUGGCCCGUCGGCGCGCCAGGCGCAGCCCCGACAGAAGAGCCUUUCUUCACCUGGCACAACCCGCUCAAGUUUUUGCCCGGAUGGAGGAAAACUGAGGUCCUCCGGCUGCAGCGCGGCCUGUUCCGUGUGAACUGCAUCGACUGCCUCGACCGAACGAACGUGGUACAGAGCGUCUUCGGGAAGCGCGUGUUGGCGCAGCUCUUGACAGCUGUCGCCCAGAGGGACGCCGUUCCGCUCGCCAGCCAGUCAGCGGAGGGCGCCUUGUCUCGGUCUUUGUCGCUCUCCUCGUCUUCACUGCCGUCCUUCCCGCGGCCGGCUGGCGCCCCGAGCGACUCUUCUUCGUCGAGCUCUUCGGUGUCUCCAGCGGCUGCGCCUGCGGCCGCGGCGCUCUCGGCGGAGGACGCUGCGACACGAGCGUCGCGGCUUCCCUCUUCGUUACUCUCGCACGGCUCCGCCUCGGUGGAGCGGUCAGACGCCCCGCUGCAGCGAACCGACUCAGAGAGAGAGAGAGGAAAGGAGAAAGCGACGAGUCUGCAGGCUACGACGGGGUUGCCGCCACUCGCCCCGCUGCCCUUCACGCCCGCCGAAGGCGAUCAGCUCUUCCGCGACCUUUGGACGGACAACGCCGACGCACUCUCCCUUCUGUACUCCGGGACACCCGCGUUGAAGACGGAUUUCACGCGAACGGGCGUUCGCAGCGCCUGGGGAGCGCUGAACGACGCCCGCAACUCUCUCGUUCGGUAUUUUCUGAAUAAUUUUUUCGACGGAUACAAGCAGGACUGCUUCACCUUCUUCUUUCAAGCGGCCUGCUACCCCUGCGCGCCUUCGUCCCUGCUGCCCGCGAAGAAAACGUUGUCUCCGCCGCGGCCGCUGGACGGCGGACUCCGCCGAGUGUUCCUGGAAGCAGUUCUCCUCGUUUUCUCGCUGUUUUGCGUCUCGCCCUUCUUCGUCUCCAGCCUGUUCUCGGGUGUCUAUACAUCCGGCUACAGUGUGACCGGGGCUCUCCUCGCGCUCGCGACGCUCCCCUUCCGCCUCGUCUCAUGGCCGCUUUCGUUCCUUCCGUCGCUGCAGCUUCUCAGGUCGCUACCCAUGGUGCCCGCGCCCUUCUCUGCACCCGACGAGCCGUUCGGGUCGUCCUUCCUCUUCGGCGCCUCCGUGGCCUCGGUCGAGGGCCUCGCCGGCUGGGCGGAGCCGCUGAAAAGCGUCGGCGGCGUCCUCUGGAUAUUCACGUUCUCUCUCUUCUCCUUCGUCGCGUACAUCUUCUUGCGGGCAGCCGCCGUCGUCUCGCUCCCGCAGCUGCUCCCCGAUGUCUCUUAA